AACCUCAAGCCCACAUACGGAGCACCUUGGAUACGUCCAAACCACGCUGUGCUACGACUCCCCGCUGCACAUCCAUUUGCCUCAGAUAUCUUAACCCCCUGAAUCACUAAACGACACAAAAGCCGUGUUGGGGCCACGUGUGACGUUUCCAAUGCCUCCAAAUCGAGCCCAACGUAGCAGCGGUGCAUGCCUUCAAUGCUCCCGUAAGAAACGGAAAUGUGAUCAUAAACACCCACAGUGCUCGCAAUGCCUAAAGCGCAACGUCGCCUGCCAACCGCAGACAUUCAAGGCCUGGAGCAUCCCUGGCUCUCGCGGCUCGCGCAUCCAGUCUGCCGCCCAACAAAGCGAGGGUGAAAGAUCCAGGAACAAAUCAGAGCGGGAAAAGGACCCAGUGGUCUCCCAGACACCCUCCGAACCACCCGUCGCGACUCCGGAUGCAGCUAUCGCCACCCCGGAUGUAGCGAUCGAGCUUCCGAUACACAACCGGCAAAUGUCACUAGAUCGACCCAGCCCUACUAUCGCCCUUGAAAGUGGCCUCUUUGAUGAUGCGGCCUGGUUUCAUGAACUUGUUGAUACGCCAGCAUCUCACGCCCAGUAUUCUCAAAUCGGAUCUUCAACCCCUGCCAACGUGGUGGGACGCGUCGAGACCAUACCGGACCAGGAAGAAGGCUCCGUGAUAUCCCGGCUACCGUCUGAACCACCCAUGACAGCUACGAGUUUAGGCAUCGAUUCUCUAAUGGAUGCUAGGCAAAUCACACUGGAUCAACCUAGUCCCAGAAUUCCUCUCCAAGGUGGCAUCUUCAACGAUGCGUCGUGGCUGGAGGAGCUGCCCCAAGUGCCGCUGACUCCCUGCUCGGAAGCUCUUCAGGUCAUGCAGCAAGGGAACCAAGAUACAACCUCCAACUACAUUAAUAAUGACGCAUACGACGCGGCCACGAUCACAAACUUAGACACCCCAUUCCUCUAUGAGCCAAAUACUCCCACCGAUCUCAGUGUCGGGGUAUUUGACCCCGGGACUAUGGUGUCCCGUGUCGAUAAUGUAUGGCAGCCUGCGGCAUCAGAAGUACCAGCAAUGUUAUACUGCCCGAUGCCAUGGCCCGCUGACAUGCUCGUGUCUGCACCUCGUCGAUUUCUCUGGCAGCACUUUCUUCAUGUCACCAGAAACGGAUUCUUGUGCCUGGACCCAAAGCACUUUGCUCAUAUGCAAGACUUCCAGGAUCCAUUCGUCGUUACCUUGCCUCGCAUGGCUCUCUUCGACGAUGACUUGCGGGCUGCAAUCUUCUACUUCAGUGCGUUUCAAUAUCAGGCUUCAACUCAGGAUCAGAAAUUCCUUCCGCUCAUGAGAGAAACUGCCAGAGAGGCCUCGCUGGCUGUCGUCCCCCAUGCUAUGGGCUUGGAGUCAAAUGACGAGAAGCUCCUUGCCAAGAUUACUGUCGGUCUAUUUCUACAUCUUUACGGGCCAGAGCAGAGAGAAACCCAUCUUGAGGUAGCAUGGAGCCUUGCGGGGACCUUUCUCAACAAUCUUCGACAGCGCAAGCGUGUUCCUUCCAUACCAGCUCGUCUUAUCCUGGCUCUCCUGCGGUGGAGUAGGAUAGCGACCCUCUGCUCCUUGCGACAAGCCAGACCAGAAUAUUGGCACAACACCUACGAUAUGCUUGAAAUGGACGAGGAAGAAAUCGGUCAAAAUUUCUGCGCCGACUUUCAGAACUGGACCAGCCAUCCCGUCUUGGCCUUUUCACCACGUCUAAUCAACCCGCUUCUCAGACUAGGUCAGCUUCUCGAGCUGCAGCAGUCAAAAUGGGCUGCAACCGGCCAACUCGAGCUGUCGGAUCCGAAUUUAAACGCACAGGUCGAGGUAGUAGAGGCUUCACUGCGGAGCGCUCGAACCCGCGAUUUCGUGACUUCACACAGCAGGAGUGCAGAUCCUAUUGAGCUUGGGUCCCUCAACGAGUCAAUGCAUUCUGCAGCAGUCAUCCUAUUAUACGCACGGCUUAAGGGCAUGCCUUCUACGGCAACACUAAUACGCCAUCACGUGGGUAUCGUUGUUGGGAAAAUCGGAAACAUCGACCAAGACUCUCGUACAUCGUAUGCGAUCAUCUUCCCACUCUUCACCGCCGGGUGUGAGGCCGUAGAUUCGUCAAUGAGAGCCGCGAUAGUCAGAAGACUCCGUGUGCGCAAAGGACUUUUCUACAACCGCGGUGAUUUGAUUGGCGCCUUGCGUCAUAUAUGGGAGAUCAGGGACCGUGAGCCGGGGCUUACCUGGUUAGAAUGGUUAGGAAAAGUUGACAGCAGAUUCAGGGUUUGGUGCCUGUUUUAAAUCUAGCCUAGCCGUGCGACUCCGUAGAUAACAUCCAAUUAUCACAGCAUCUCACUCGUACGAACUAGACCAAGUUGUAUGGUGUAGAUGAAUGAUUCAGGCAUAUAAUUGUAUUGUCGUCGUAUAAAAACACAAUUAACAAGUCACCCCAGCUAAUGAUUCUUCUAGACCCGUCAUUAGUUGUAUGAGUUUUUCAGUAAGAUGAGGUUUUGGGCGGUUGUCAUAGUUAGAUCGGAGAAUGUCAAUCACGAC